CCAGUUGCAGAGUCCAGAGUCCAGACGCCAGACGCCCUCUACUUCUCUUCUCUCUAGUUAUACAUUUCAAACUCUUGGCCGCCGCAGCGGUCUCUGUUCGCCGCGCCCCGCCGCAGAAAUGGCGCUGCCGAAUCAGCAGGUUGUGGAUUACCCCAGCUUCAAGCUCGUCAUCGUUGGCGACGGUGGAACUGGCAAAACCACAUUUGUGAAGAGGCAUCUUACUGGCGAGUUUGAGAAGAAAUAUGAGCCCACCAUUGGUGUUGAAGUUCACCCUCUGGAUUUUAGCACUAACUGUGGCAAAAUUCGCUUCUAUUGCUGGGACACUGCUGGGCAAGAAAAGUUCGGUGGCCUCAGGGAUGGCUACUACAUUCAUGGUCAGUGUGCCAUCAUUAUGUUUGAUGUCACUUCGAGGCUGACAUACAAGAAUGUUCCAACAUGGCACAGGGACCUGUGCAGGGUGUGUGAGAACAUCCCCAUCGUUCUCUGCGGAAACAAGGUUGAUGUAAAGAACAGGCAGGUCAAAGCCAAGCAAGUUACAUUCCACAGGAAGAAGAACUUGCAGUACUAUGAGAUUUCUGCCAAGAGCAAUUACAACUUUGAGAAGCCCUUCCUUUACCUCGCAAGGAAGCUGGCAGGGGAUCAGAACCUUCACUUUGUCGAAGCCGUUGCUCUGAAGCCACCGGAAGUGCAGAUUGAUAUGGCCAUGCAGCAGCAGCAUGAAGCUGAGCUUGCAGCUGCCGCUGCGCAACCCCUCCCUGAUGACGAUGAUGACCUGAUCGAAUAGAUGUUCCAUGGCCCUUGUUGAUGCGAGGGGGAGAGCUUUUAUUACAAAUCCGUGGUGGUUCAGUUCUUGUCAGGCCUAGCCGUACGUGAUUUUUCUGUUAUGUAACCUGCUGUUGACGAGGGUUUUUGGUGAUCCUUGAUUUUGGUAAUACAUCGCUAUUGUCAGGCAGCAUGUUUCA